AUGUAUGUGAAAUGGUUUGAUACAGAAAUGUUUUACUAUGUGAUUUUAGUGAAUGUCACUUUUUGUCAUUUUCAAAUUUCCCGCCGUUCCCUCCCCCGUACGUCCCGACGCUCGCAGGGGACGGAACCCAGAUGACAGAUGCCGGCAUCUGCCAGAUUACAUUGUAGGGGACACUGCAGGGGGGACAUCGCGGGGAGAGCAGGACAAGGUAAGAGAAGAACAGAUCCCGGAGCAGCGCUGCAUGGUAAGCCCGAGUGUAGCUCGGGGUUACCGCUUAUGCUACACUCGGGAAUACCGCCAGGGAGGAAAC